AUGCUUUUAUCCGGUUUCAAACAUCUUCCCGCCGAGAAACUGGACAAUCUUCAUGCCAUACACGUGAGUGGUACCAAAGGGAAGGGUUCUACAUGUGCUUUCUCAGAAAGCAUUUUGAGACAUAACGGCCACACUACUGGACUGUAUACAAGUCCACACCUGGUGGAAGUGCGAGAGCGAAUACGCAUCAACGGGAAACCGCUUACGAGAGAGGCAUUUGCGGACCGCUUCUUCGAGGUGUGGGAUCAAUUGCAACAGCAGCAGACGACAGAUUUGGGAAUGCCGUCCUAUUUUCAUUUCCUGACAAUUCUGGCUUUCCACACAUUUCUGGCGGAGAAAGUGGAUGUCGCCAUCAUUGAGUGUGGGGUUGGCGGUUCCUUCGACUCAACCAAUGUCCUUGCGAAGCCGUGGGUAUGUGCUGUGAGCCCGCUGGGGUUAGACCAUACGCAGACACUUGGGGAUACUAUGCAACUCAUCGCCAGGCACAAGGCAGGCAUAUUCAAGCCCAGAGUGCCGGCAGUGUCCAUAUUUCAGUCCGACGAGACUGCCGCGCUUACGCUGCAAGCAUAUGCUAAGCACGUCAAGGCUGUGUAUUCCAUCGCAAACCCUCUCCACGAAUACACAUCCGAAUCUGAGCCGUUGCUGACAUUGGGAUUGGAGGGGACACACCAGCAACAGAAUGCGGCUCUGGCACUGGCGGCAACGGGGCUGUGGCUGCGCAGACACAGAGGGGAGUCAGAGUUGACAGGCGGCUCGCGCUACGGUGAGCGCAUCAAUCCAUACACAUUCAGGGAACCACAGGCAUUUAUUUCACAACAGACGUUGAAGGGCCUGCGCGAUGCCACUUUCCCAGGCAGGUCCAUGACGUACCGGUCACAAGGUGUCACGUACUAUCUGGAUGGUGCGCAUACUUUGGAAAGCAUGCAGUGUGCCGCUGAGUGGAUGCGGUCUCUAGACACGCCUGUGAACUCUAAGCGCUACCUACUGUUCAACUGUAUGAAGCGGGACCCGGUUGAGCUGCUGAAGCCGGUCCUUGACCUGCAUCGGAAACUCGCCUUUGAUGGGGUGCUAUUUUGCCCUAAUAUCACGUACCACACCAAACAGCACGCGGACACAACCAAUCACAACCAACACACAGAGAACCAACUGGCAGCAUCCAAAUUGAACGCGAGCAUAUGGACAGAUCUGUGCAACCAAGCCCAGGUGCUCACGUCCAGUACCCACGGUAAAGUUCGGUCCUUCGAGUCCAUUGAACAAGCGGUGAGAUGGGUGCACUCGCCCGAGGCAAGCGGGGCAUGCCCUGGCACACACACAGAGGACGUGCGCGUGUUUGUAUGUGGAAGCUUGCAUCUGGUUGGGGGUGUCCUGGCGAACGUGGGGUACGGGCAAUGA